CCGAGGUGAGCGGCGCUGAGCGCAGGCUCAGAGCAGACAGCUCGCGGGAGGCAGGCGGCGAUGGUCAACGGCCCGGGCACCGAGGGCGGGAGCGGAAGGUGGCCCCGGAGAAGCUGCGCCACGCGAGGCGGAGAGGACGCAAUGGCCAGGGGCCGCUGAAGCAGGGGCAGCGCGCGGCCUGACCCGCCGGGGCGGGCGGGGGCCAUGUCUCGCGAGCCGCCGCCCCGCAGCGACAUCCCCCGCAACCUGAGCUUCAUCGCCGCGCUGACCGAGCGCGCCUACUACCGCAGCCAGCGGCCCAGCCUGGAGGAGGAGCCGGAGGAGGGGCCAGGAGAGGGCGGGACGCGGCUCGGGGCCCGAUCCCGCUCGCUGGUUCCGAACCGGGGCCGCCGGGCCCAAUCUGCGCCCGCCGGGGGCGGCGGGGCCCGGGCGCCGCGCAGCCGGAGCCCCGACACCCGCAAGAGGGUGCGCUUCGCCGACGCGCUGGGGCUGGAGCUGGCGGCCGUGCGCCGCUUCCGGCCCGGGGAGCCGCCCCGGGUGCCCCGCCACGUGCAGGCCCAGCUGCAGAGGGACGUCCUCCGCCACUUCGCGCCCUGCCAGCCCCGCGCGCGCGGCCUCCAGGAGGCGCGCGCCGCCCUGGAGCCGGCCCGCGAGCCCGACUUCGCCGCCCGCCUGCAGGCGCAGCGCAUCUGCCUGGAGCGCGCCGAGGCGGGCCCGCUGGGCGUGGCCGGGAGCGCGCGCGUGCUGGACCUGGCCUACGAGAAGCGCGUGAGCGUGCGCUGGAGCGCCGACGGCUGGAGGAGCCACCGCGAGGCGCCCGCCGCCUACGCCGGCCCGGCCCCGCCCCCGCCGCGCGCCGACCGCUUCGCCUUCCGCCUGCCCGCGCCGCCCCUAGGGGGCGCCCUGCUCUUCGCGCUGCGCUACCGCGUCACGGGCCGCGAAUUCUGGGACAACAACGGCGGCCGCGACUAUGCGCUCCGCGGGCCGGAGCACCCGGGCGGCGGCGCAGCGCCGGAGCUGCAGGGCUGGAUCCACUUUAUCUAGGGCGCCUGCGGCUGGCGGCGACACCCGGCGAAGGCACCCGCGGAGCCUGGAGACUGCGCGGGACGACGGGAGAGACCGAUGCGGGGGGAGGAGGAUGGGAUUCGGGAGUAGGUGAAACCCGGGGAGGUUGCG